AUGUCGGGCAAAGGCUUCGCGGCCAACAGCGGCGGCUUCCCCAAGCCGGACGACGCGUCGCAAAAGUCCGUCAAGCAGUCCGUCUUUGAGAAGCAAAAAGCAGAGGCCGAAGCCAAGCGACGGCGUGAGGCGGAGGAGACAAAGGCUGUGUACGAGGACUUUGUCAAGAGCUUCGACCGCGACGACGACGACGAUGGCCACGACCACCACAACAGCCACAGCGGCCGCAGAGAUGGUGUGUUUGGAAGUAAUCGCGGAGGUCCUCCCCGCCAAGGCUUUGGCGCCGGUGGAGGCGGUUCACGUCGACAUUUCGGAGCUCCUUCGUCGUCGGGCUUGAAGAGCGGCCCUGGCAGCCUCGGCCCUGCGCCGAUGGGCUUUGGCAAGAAGCGCUCCUAUCAGGACUUUAACAAGAGCUCGACGGGCCCGCGCGAUCGAAGCAGCAUGGGAUUCGAGGACCACCGCAGCGGGCCCCAGCAACAGCUGGGCAGCGCUUCUCUGAGCAAGGCGUUUGCGACGAGCGAUGACGAGGACAUGGGCGAGGCGCCGGACCGAGAGGAGGAAAAAGCAGUGGCGCGGCCGACGCUGCGGCUCUCGAAUGUUCCGCCGGGGACAUCGCCAGCUACGAUUAAGGCGAUGCUGCCGUCGAAUCUGGUGGUGGAAGACGUCAAACUGCUACCGCCGGCGCCUGCCACAGGCACGGAGCGGAAGAAUCUGGUGGUGAUUGUGACAAUGUCGCCGGAGACGCCGGCGACGGACAUGGAUGCGGCGGUGAGCGCGCUGCAGAACAGAUACAUGGGCUACGGCUACUACCUGGCGCUGCACAGGCACCUGUCCUCGGCAGUGGCAAGCGCGGUGGCGCUGCCGAGUCUGGGCUCGUCCAGCGCUUCGCAUCCGUUUGGCGCGAAGCCCGUCGAACAAGCAGAUGCGGGAAGCAAGAAUGCACAUCAGCAGCAAGGUUUCCACCGAGGCUUUGCGCCCCCGACUUCCUACGGGCCAAACUACGUGGCGGUUAAUCGUGCGAACAUUCUACAUGUACCUGUGAAGCCUCCGCAGGAUGUGCGAACCAUACAGCUCAUCAACAUGGUUAUCGAGGGUAUACUCGAGCACGGGCCCGAGUUUGAAGCGCUGCUCAUGUCGAGACCCGAAGUACGGCGAGAGGAGAAGUGGGCGUGGCUCUGGGACGCCCGCAGCGAAGGUGGCAUCUGGCUGCGCUGGAGGCUGUGGGAGGUGGUGACAGGCUCCCAGCCCAGGGGAGCACGAGGCAAAUACGUACCUUUGUUUGACGGGGCGCAUGCGUGGAAGUCGCCUGAAAAGCCGCUACCAUUUGAAUACACGACGAAGCUGGACGAGUUUGUGUCAGACUCGGAAUACAACUCGUCGGAUGAGGAAGACCUGGAAGACGAAGCCAACAAUCGGGAUGGCGAGGAAGGUGGACGGGCAUUUCUCAACCCGCUGGAAAAGGCCAAGCUGACGCAUCUCCUGGCACGACUGCCGACGACCAUGGGGAGGCUUCGAAAGGGUGACAUUGCCCGAAUCACGGCCUUUGCGAUUAUGCACGCCAGCCGCGGCGUCGACGAGGUGGUGGACAUGAUGAUGACCAACAUUGAGACGCCUUUUUCGCUCGCCUCGGCGAAUCCCGAUCGCGAGCAGGACCGCGAGCGAGAAAAGGUGGCCUCCUCGGCCGCCAACAACAACGACGAAGGGGGCCCGCCGGACCUGAGCGGCGCGAGUCUGAUUGGGCUGUACGUUAUCAACGACGUGCUGUCAUCGUCGUCGACGAGCGGCGUGCGGCAUGCUUGGCGCUUCCGGCAGCUCAUCGAGGCGCAGCUGCGCGCGCGCGGCACGUUUGCGUGGCUCGGGCGCAUGGCGGAGCGGCAGGGCUGGGGUCGGCUGCGCGCCGACAAGUGGAAGCGCAGCGUCGGGCUGGUGCUGCACCUGUGGGAGGGGUGGUGCGUGUUCCCGGCGGCGAGCCAGGCGCUGUUUGCGCAAACCUUUGAGAGCCCGCCGUCGUUGAGGCCGGACGAGGAGGGGAAAAAGACGGAGGAGGAGGAGAGCGAGGUCAAGGACGGCCGGUGGAAGCUGGUCGAGGCGAAAUCGGAGGAGCCGAUGGAGGAUGUGCAGGGCGAGCCGAUUGAGGAGGAGGAUGUGGAGGGAGAGCCGAUUGAGGAGGAUGAUGUAGAGGGAGAGCCGAUUGAGGAAGAGGAUGUGGAAGGCGACCCGAUUGAUGAGGAGGAUAUUGCAGGUGAGCCAAUGGAAGAGGAGGAUGUGGCGGGCGAGCCGAUGGAUGAGGACGAGGCAGCGCCGGCGACGACGGAGCAAGCUAGCAGUAGUCGUGGUGCGCCGCCGGAGCCGUCACCUGCGGGAUCCGGAGUCGGGAAGCCGCGGAGGCGGAUGCGGGCGGCCGACAUGUUUGCCGACGGUAGCGACGACUCUGACGCAUAG